AUGAAGCUCUCCAUCCUGACCGGAUUGGUACUCGCUACCUCCUUUUGUGCUGCUUUCAACCCCAGGCCAUUCGACGGAGCCCUCAGAAGACGGCAAUCGCCUAAUGACAAUACUUCGUCUUUGCAAGUUGAUCUAGGAUACGCGAUCUAUGAAGGGUUAUCCAAUGAAGAAAGCGGGGUAAAUGAAUGGAAAGGCAUUCGAUAUGCGGCUCCACCCAUAGGCAACUUACGUUGGCAAGCACCUCAAACUCCAGCCUUCAAUAGAAGCAGCAUUAUAUCAGCCAACGGAAUUCCUCAUCAAUGUCCACAGGCGUCCGCGAAUUUCGGCAUAGACACAGCCACAUUGGAGGAGGCGAAUGGGCCAUCAGCUUCUGAAGAUUGCCUGUUCCUCAAUGUCUUUGCACCAACACAGAACCCUCAAAAUCUCCCUGUUUUUGUCUGGAUCCAUGGCGGUGGUUAUGGCCAAGGAAAUGGGAGUCAAAAUCUUGCAGACAUCAUCCGAACUAAUAACGACAGCUUUAUUGGAGUCAGCAUUCAGUACCGAUUGGGAGCUUUUGGAUUUUUGUCAUCUGAUGAGGUCAAUCGAUUUGGCGUACCAAACGCUGGCAUCAGGGACCAAACUUUUGCUUUGCAGUGGGUUCAGAGCUAUAUCCAUCUCUUUGGCGGGAAUGCUUCACAAGUCACUAUUGCUGGGUUGUCUGCUGGUGGAGGCUCAGUGAUGCUCCAAGCUAUGGCUUAUGGAGGUACUCUGGGGACAUCGCUCUUCACAAAUGCCAUUGCAGCGUCGCCAUACCUGCCGAUGCAGUAUGGCUAUAAUGACUGGGUACCAAGUCAGAGCUACUAUGCAUUUGCUGCGGCGGCUGGGUGUCUAUCCGGGUUUGCAUACGGUAGCCCGACUAGUGCGAAGUCGGUUUUCAAAUGUUUGGUUGAAAAAGACACAGCUAUACUUCAAAACGCAAGUGCAUUCAUCUCUGCAUCAGGAACGUAUGGCAGUUGGGGCUUCUUGCCAGUGACAGAUGGAAGGUUUAUCCAGCAACUUCCGAGCGUGCAGUUACAGAAGAAGCAGGUCAAUGGGCUCAGAGUACUAUCUGGAAACAAUGCACUCGAGGGUCCGUCGUUUGUGCCGCAGAACAUCACCUCGGAAGAUGAAUUGGUGUCGUGGAUUCAAGAAGUCUUCCCGCUUUUCACUGAAGACGACAUCUCAAAGGUCCUUCGAUACUACCCAGGCAGUAAUGCUACCGACGACAUGAACGCUGUUGAUUACGCGACAUCGGGGUAUACAGGUGCCACAGCCAGUAACGUGAGCUCAAUUGCCACUGGUCAACAGCAACGGGCGAAUAAUAUCUAUGCUGAGACGACAUUCGUAUGUCCUUCAUACUGGCUUGCCGAAGCGUACACCAACAAGGGCCGUGAAGGCUGGAAAUACCAAUACUCAGUUCCAGCAGCUCUCCACGGCACAGACCAAACAGGGUACUUCGGUCCCGAGAGCAUGCCACAGCAGGGGCCGGACUUCAUACGAGCCUUCAUGACCAUCUUCGGCAACUUUAUAACCCAAGACAACCCAGCAAUAUCCGCCUCUAUCGCAGCAGGCAACUCAUCCACGACGGCAUCAAGCAACAACCAGUCUCUCAUAGACUGGCCCGCAUAUACGAAUGCCAGUCCGUAUCAACUGAAUUUGAACGAGACUGGGGGCGAGGAGUAUAGUGCUGUAGGAGUUACCUUUAAUGGCACGCCUCUCAAUGUUACCCAGUAUCGAAAUCCGGGGUUGAGGAAUAAUUUUACGCUGGUGGAUGCAUUCUCAUGGGAGGGUGGUAGAGGAACGAGAUGUGACUUUUGGAGAAGUGUUGGACCGAUUGUGCCAGAGUAA